UACAGUUCGGUACUUCAUGUAGACCAAGCUAAAACACGGCGAAGAAACUCGUGGAGCUCUCUGACUAAUGUAUGCAUUGCUGGCGCUAAAAAAACAACUGGGUUGGAUUCGAAACACGCACAUUUAAAAAAACAAAACUUGCCGCGCGUUGUUUCGUUUCUGAGGUGUGCGUAAAGCGCGGGACUGCCGCUUCGGGUCGGACUUGUGCGGUGAUCACGCGCCAUUCCGGUUGGGGCGCAUGCGCAGUUCGUUUUCCCCCCCCACAGCUCGUGUGCUUUCGCUGUGAACAAGCCACCAUUGGAUGCCUAGCACACGAAGACUGGCUCCAAGGCAUGAGAUUCAGACUGCCCUUAACAGGAUUCACUGUGGUCUAUUAUUGCUUGCACCAUGGAGGUUGAUGAAACUGAACUGAAUUUGGAAAAGGUGGAAUUGACAGGGAAGUCUCCACAGUCAGUGUCCGACAAAAUGAAUGAGUGGGGGAACAACCAGGCAAACCAGUAUGAUACCUCGUCACCUAUUGCACUUACUAAAAGCUCUACCCAGGAAAGUCACUCAAGCAGCGACAUUAAAGUUACUCUGGAGAAUGAGUCGGUUUGGAGUCGGUUUCACAGCUUGGGCACAGAGAUGAUCCUCACAAAGCAAGGCAGACGCAUGUUCCCGUGCUGCCGCUUUAGUUUGAGUGGAUUAGAUUUGCAAAGGAAGUACUUUCUAGUCAUGGAUAUUAUGCCUUUAGAUGAUUUUACCUACAGAUUUAAUGGAAACACAUGGGAACGUGUUGCAGUGGAUGAGCCACAUGUGCUGAGACAGAUCUGUGUCCACCCAGAGUCCCCAGCCCUGGGCCAACAGUGGAUGGAAAGCCCUGUGUCCUUUUACAAGGUAAAGCUAACCAACGGCUCCAUUGACCAAGAUGGCUGUGUGCUUUUGCGUCCGAUGCACCGAUACCUACCGCGAUUGCAUAUUGUGCCUGUGGAUCCAGAUUCAGAGAAACCGAUUACAGUUCAUAGUCCAAAUAUUAAAACGUUCUCCUUCCCCCAAACAGAGUUUUAUGCAGUCACGGGCUACCAGAACCCUCAGAUCACUCAGCUUAAAAUUGAUUGUAACCCUUUUGCAAUGGUUUUUAGAAAGGACAACCAGAGCAUUAAUCCACUCAAAGACAAACUCAGGCUCUGCUCUUCUGUUGGCACACAUUUACAAUCUCCGCUUUUAAGUUUGGCCUGGAAGCUCGGCGGAAAGCGCAGACAGGGUGCAGUAAAGAGCACUGCCUCGACCGGUAUUCCAGACACCAGAAUGUGUGGUCCUAACUCAGCAUCGCAUAAAGAGAAAGAAGAGAUCUGUUUUAAAAAGAGAAAUGACACUUUAGGUUGUCCAAAUAAUAUUGCUUCGUGCCAAGAGAGUACAGAUUAUAGUAAGAAUGAUGCUGUUGUGAAUAAAUGUCCAGCAGAAACGGAGCCAGAUGAGUAUUUAGCACCUUUGGAUUUUGAAUCAAUUAUAGCUGUUUCUUUAGAAGAAAUUUUGCCAAGCACUGGAGAACCAGUUCCUCCCAUGAGCAGCUCUAAAAAUCCAAACACUUCUGAGGAUGCUGUUGAUUCUCAAAUAAGCUGCACAAACAGCGAAUCCCCUACAAAUUCAUCCACUGCUGCUCAGAGUCCUCAGGCUCACUGGGAACCUAAGUCUGCUGAUUUAUCCCUGUCCAGACCACCAUUCCUUAACAGGCGUCAAGCACACAAGCAUAAACCAGGCCCUAUGCUAAGGUGUAGACGUAAUCGAAGAGGCAGGAAAGCAAAAUCUAAACGGUGGUCUAAUGUGAAGAAUGCAAAACCCCCUGCUCAAGUCAUGCCACAUAAUGUUCCUGUGCAACCAGAUCUUGAAGAUGUGGAUGGGAUGUUGUUUGUAUCUUUUGUUGCAAAGGAAGCCUUAAAUACUUCUGAUGAAAACAUUAAAGAAAGUGAAUCAUCUCUGCCUCCGCUGUCUUUGACACUUCACCAGUCAGAUAAUCAUGAACCUGAAAGUGUCAGUUUUUCUUUGGCGGAAAGAAUUGCCAAAUUCGAGAAGAUGUUACUUCUUCAACUUAAACAGCAAAAGCACAGACAGGUCAUUCACCCAUGUCUACAAGAUGUUGGAAUGAAGCUGGGACUUCUGGAUCCAACGUUACCUAUAGACCUGCAGUACCUUGGUGUGCACUUGCCCCUUUCCACGUCUAUUCAUGAGGGUUUGGAUGAAAUGGAUCCCAUGAGCCUGUCAUCUUCUCCAGAUUCAGCUGGAUGUUUUGUGUCACGGACUGGGAAGACAAAUGAUCCCACAAAGAUAAAAGGCUGGAGAGAGAAGUUUAAGACCAACAUAGUACAGAGUACAUCUGAAGGCCCCAAAGACAGUUCAGCAUUCUGUAGUGAAAUGUUGGAUGCGUAUCUUGAAAACGAGGCUGAGCAGAUCAGCGAUCGCGUUGCUGUUUUUUCCAAAUGCUCAUCACCAGUGUCAUAUCAGCUACCUUCAAAAAGCAGCAGUUAUGUGGUCACCUUGGACAGUCUCCUUAAGACUCGAUCUCUUUCAUCGAACAAAGGCUGCAGCAAACCAACAGACCAAGGCUCGUCCAAAUAUUCACUCAGAGGAUCUCCAAGCACCGAUGUAUCUUUGUCUUUAGAAGGAUGUCAAACAAGAUUAAAAACAAAACGAGAGAAAGGGAGAGAAUUUGCUCAUUCAUUUCAAGCACAUCAACGUACAGCGCCUAUAGGUCAAGCCAGCAGAUCUAUGAGCUUUGAUUCUAGACCCAGAUUAAAGAAACAACCUGGCAAAUCUCAGCUAAAAAUGGACUCCAUUGUAGAGACAGCCAGCCAUGGUUGUAGUGUGUCCAGUCCCACAAUCCCUGUAAUAAGAGAAAAAAAAGUCGAAAACAAGACAUUGCUUCAGGAGAUGGAGGAAGAGGUAUUCUGUCAAGGUAAAGUUCGUACACACAUCACUACUGAGAGAGCAAUUGCCGCUCUUAAGGCUCUGAUUAAUUUCAAGAUCCCAAGAAAGAGAUCUGCGGUCCGUAAAGAUAAAGAUCAUCAUAAAAAUGAGAAUGCAUGUUCUGAGGAUUUCUGUCGUUUGGGCUGCCUUUGUGACAGCUUGGAGAGGAAAAUUCGAGGGCCUACUCACUGUCGGAGAGUUGAGUGCAUGUUUGACUGCAGCUGUUUCAAGCACAAAGUGCUUGUGCUCCAACCUACAUCAAAAACGGUUGCAAAUGAUCAGCAGGACAGGAAGAGAUCAGUAAUGGCAUUUCCUAUUGCAGAUCCAGAGAAGGAAACCAGACCACCUCCUGCACCUAAUAUCACUACCUUAUGGAAAAGGAAAGCAGGAGAACAUGACCCUGAGCCAUUGUUUCAGCCAGCCUCAUCGAUUUUUCGUAAAUCUCGUUCAUGUCCUACCGAUCCCUCUAGUCAGGUACAGGAGGAAGAUAAAGACCCCGUCUAUCUGUAUUUUGAGAGCAAGAUGACAUGUGCUCGUGUAAGAGAGUACAACAGUAAUCCACCACCUCAGAUACAUAUGUUCCCUAACAAAAAACAAAAGACAGUACCUGAGCAGCUUAAUGAAACUGCUAAAGCAGCUGAACCACCAUCCUCUGAGAAAGUGCCAGAAACAAAUCCCACAGACACUCUGAUAAAGACAGAUGAGCCUAAGCCCACUAAACUGCUGGAAAUCCUGUCUGAGUGUAACUGGGAGCCUCAUCGGAGUUCGGUGCUGAGUACACUGUUCCGUCGCAUGAACAGCAACCUCCUAUCUGAGCCUUUCUGCUUUGGCAUGUACAAAAUACAACUUCUUUCUACUACUGUUAAAGGAGUAGACAGGUCUUCUACAAUUAUUUACAAGGUGUGUAUCUCUCAUGCGGAUGAAAAAGAGAUGACCAGCGACUUGGAACCACCAUUGAAGAAGGCAAGGAAAAGUUUGAAAGGUUUUGAAAACAAAGAAAAACUACCUCAGAAAGCUGACCAUAAAUCUGGGCGAAAAAGUAGCAGCUUGGUGGAAAAGCAACAAAAAAAGCCACUCUCUGACAAUGAAUGUGGGAGAAAAAGUAGCAGCCUGGAGGAAAAGCAACAAAAAAAGCCACUCUCUGACAAUGACUGUGGGAGAAAUAGUAGCAGCCUGGAGGAAAAGCAACAAAAAAAGCCACUCUGUAACAGACUAAUAGGGCCGUUGUCCUUCCCCACCAAUGCUGCUCCUGCAGGUUAUCUUAGGGCAGAUAUAAAGAAACCAGAAGAUCAUCCUACUCAAGUUCUAAUUCAGGUAAAUGGCAAAACAUACAAUCAAGCAAAAUUCUUGCUGGGCCAACUGGGAGCAUUACAUUCAGUGAAUCGCUUUGCAGCUUUUGUCACUGGUAGGCUGCUGCCUGAUCAACCCAAAAAUGAAGAUAUCACCAAAACAUGUCCUUUCAACGCCUCUCUCAGGCCAAGCUCUGUAAUUGAAGUGGCAAAUGUAUUAAAUCAAACUUCUCCAAAUCUUGCUGUAGCCAGACCGUCUUUAGCCAAUGUGCCUGAACCUAACACCACCUACAAAAACACAAGAACAAAAACGGGUCGCUUGAAUGCCACUUUCAAAGCUUCUCUCAAGCGAAGCUCUGUAAAGGAACUGGCAAAUGUUUCUAAUCGGACUUCUUCAAAUCUUGCUGCAGCCAGACCUCCUUUAGCCAAUGUGCCUGAACCUGACACCACCUCCAAAAACACUAGAACAACCACAGGUCCCUUAAAUACCACUUCAAAAUCUGCAGGCCAACAACCUGGCCUAACGCCCAUUGUGCCUGACGGCACCAGAUUUGUUCUUGUGCCAGUAAGACCCUCCAACUUUGCUGCUGCUCCUAGUUCCAGCCUCCCACCGGGCCAACAAGUGAUUCUGAAGCCUGCACCAGGAGGGCAAGGGUCAAACUUUGUAUGUCAGUACAAUGGAAAACUUUUGGAGUUAAAGCCCAUCAGCCCUGCUCCUGUUGUUCAUCUACAGCCGAGUUCUGUCAGUCAAGGCAGCACUUUACAGGUUGUGCAAACAGCAUCUAAUACAUGCCUGCCACAAGACACCAAAUCUCUUCAGAAGCCUUUGAACUCAACUCCUCUUAGUAACGUGUUGCCCAAUCCUUUGCCAGUCAUUGCACCCAAUGUGUUUUCCCUGUCAGCAACAAGUGGCAUACACAUAGCUAAUGGCAUGCCAGCUUUUAAUGUACAGUCAGGUUUUUCAGGUAAAGCUGGGACAUUCUCUUUUCGAAUAUGUCCUCCUAAUAAUGUGGGGAAGCCUAUAGGAUCAGCAGAAGUUUGUAAGCCUCGUGAACACAGUUCUUCAACGUUGAUGCUUCCUGGAGGUUUCACUUUGAUUAAACUCCUUCAUUCUGCUGUGCCUGCUGUUUCUGCAAAUGUCACUUCAGUUGCUUCUCAUCCUGCUGAAAGCCCAAAGAAUGAUGAAAGUGUAAAGGAUUCUGUCCAACAGAGUCCCUCCACAAGCCCUGAACAAACCUGUCAAGGCUCAGUAAGUAAUACCAAUCCGCUUCCACCUCCUGAACCAUCAAAUUGUAUCUCUGCACAGGCUUCAGAAGCCUUAAACAAGAGCAGCAGUUGCAUUCCCUCAGAAGAUCUUUAUGAAGAUGAGCCUGUGGAACAGUUCUCUCAGUCAGUAAAUACAGGGACACAAGACAGCAAAGACUGGGUACCUUAUGGUGCUGAGAUGGUACUCCAAGAUGAUGUCAGUGAAUGGGAACCUGAUGAUAUGGAUGAUUGGCCACCAAAUGGAGCAGAGCGAAUUUUGUGGAUUGACUCUGAAGAAGAAAAUGAAGAUUUAGAUAAAGAGCUGAAUAAUAGUUUGGAUGUUGCUGCUGAAAGCCCAGCUGCAGAUAAAGUCAGCGAGCUGAAGAACACUACAAAAACUGUUAAAGCUAUCUUAAAUAGCUCUGAUGAAUGUCUACAUGUAGGUACAGAGACUCCAAAAAGCCACAACAUUCAUGAAAAUGAUUUGCCACCUAAAGAUGACGUGUGUUCUAAAAGCUCUCAUGUUGAACAAAAACAGAUGAUGUCUACCAAGCCAAACAACAACAAAGAAAAUGUCUUUGAUUCAUAUGUAAGUGCGGAAAACUUAAAAACUGGAAAUGUCAGCAAAGAAGAGCCACUAGUUAUCAUUAACAAAGUUGACAGUAAUAAACAAUUACAGACAACCACUGAAACCAGAGAACAAGUUGCAAUUCAAGAAAAUACUCUUCCAGUUCUGAAUAAAAAUGAGCCCUAUAAUGAUCCAACAGAGAAAUACCUGGAAACUAAUGAUCCUGAGUCUAAUAUCAAGAUCCAAGGGGUUCUUUCUCAAAAUAACGAUUUGCACAUCAGUGCAAUAGAAACUUGCAACAGACAAAAAGGGGAGAAUACACAUUUUGAUUCCUUUGUUGUAAGCGGACAAAGACUUGGCUCUGCUAAUAUUUACAGUAGCUCAUGCAAGACAGACACCUGCUCUGUGCAUGAUGGUGAUGCAAAACAGCAUAUUAGCUCGGAUAAUAUUUUACCACUUAUCAGUAAAGAAGAGCCCAGUAUGAAUCAAACGGUCGCAGAAUUUCCCAAGGAUUUAAGCGUGCAAGGUUUGGCCUCUGAAAAUUGUUUAAAAAAUCUCAAACAAAAGGAAUUUUAUAAUAAUCCAGAAGACGGCCAUAAGGAUACUGAUAUAGCUCCUAAUGCUGUGUGCUCUCUACUAGAUGGUCAGACACCCAUGAAACUUUCCACAUUCACUGCCGCUUCAAGUAAGGAAAAUGGCAAACGAAAUGUUUCGCCUCUUCUACACAAUGUACAUAAAUCAUCCACAGGGCUUUCAGAUGGUUUUCACAAAUUGUCAGACAGCUGCCCUGCAGUCACCAAAACAGAUAAACAGGAUUUAAAAGAGGAAAAACGUGAAGCAGAAGAUCGAAACAAGCUGCUUAAAUCUAAAACAGCAGUAGAAGAGUUGAGUGAUAGUAAUGAUAUUAUUGUGGAUGUGGUGAACUUGAGUGAAGAUGAGGCUGAAGAUCAGGUGGCAGUUGUGCGUCGCAGGUUCGGCAAUGAUAUUGACAAUUCAAGUAAUGACAGCGAAGAGGACUCGAAUAGUGAUGAAGAGGAUUGGAGUAAUGACUAUACGAGUGACAGUGAAACAUCAGAUGACACUGGUGAUACAUCUAUAGAAUAUUACACAGUUCGAAAGAGGAAUGCCAGGAAUGCAAAGAGAGCAGCUUCAUGGAAAAAGAAUAAGUAUCUUUCCACAGAACAUCCGGUGGAUGUGCUAGAAAAACGACUGAUUCACACUGAAAAUGAACGCGUUCGCCGCGACGAAAUGCGCCAGUACUUUUAUGCACUGAAAAAAGCACUGAACAUUGAGGAACGAGUCUCAAUGUGCAAGCUUGACAUUCUAAAUCAGGCUCGACUUAUGAUUUGGGCUCUCAAGGACCGAAGCCAGUGCUUAGAGGAGAAGAAAAAAGCCCUACUCCAAAGACAGUCGUUCUAUCUCAACAAGAUACUAGAAUUAUCUGAAAAGCCUGAGGUUAAAGUCAAUGCGAGUUUUAAGAAAAACUGUGAACAGCAGCAGCAGCAGCUCGGAUCCCAGAACACUCUGCAAAGCUCAGGUCCAGGUCAAGCAGUAAACACUCAACGGGUAGACAAUGAUGGCAACAGACUCCCACCUUGUCUUGGAAGCUGGAACCCCCCUAAUUACAUAUGCAAAAGAUCUAAUAAGACCUUAUAUCAGCCUUCUAUUACUGACACAGAAAACCUGUCAUUGCCAAAGAUCGUGCUGCAAUCCUUCAGCAAGACUGACGCUGUUAAGCUUACACACGAUGUAAGGGCAUCUCUACCAAGUUCUACUCAAGUCUCUAACUCUGCUGAACUGUUAAAUGCGGGUGAUUUGGAACUGAAAGACCACAAUGAAAAAAAUGAAAAAUCUGAUGCCAUAAGAGUCUGCCCUAAUGUGAUCGAGAAAACUCUACUCUCUGAGCACUCGAACAAAGGCAGCCCAAGUUCAUCCUCACCAGUCACUGAGAGUGAUGUCCAAAAAAAAAGUUUGUCUGAAGUGAAAAAGGAUGAACAAACCUCUGCAGCUAUGGUGAAAGGAAGGAAGAAAAAGGUAAAGUAUGAUGUGGUUAUAGAAGAAGCCUUAUCCAACCCUGAUGUCUUGGGAGCCAGACAGCUAAGGCAAAGAUCGCCUGCAGUUAAUGGAGGGGCUACAAGGGGACGAUCAACAAAUAAAAGGAAGAGGAUUAUUUAGA